AUGGGAAAGAAGAGAAAUAUGGCAAAGUUGUUGUGGCUGCUGAUGUUCUUUUCUGAUAUUGUGCCAUUCAGCUGUGAGAAAUCAAUGAGAGAAAGAACCAUUGAGCUGAUGCAAGAUACACGUUUGAUUGAUGGCCACAAUGACUUUGUAUUGCAGCUGAGAAUACUUUACCAAAAUAAAAUCAGUGGAGUCAGCUUGAGAGACCUCAACAGGACCCACACAAACCUUGCAAAACUUCAGGCUGGUUAUGUGGGAGCUCAGUUUUGGUCAGUGUAUGUUCUUUGCAGCGCUCAGAACAAGGAUGCUGUGCGCCUGACCUUAGAGCAGAUUGAUGUUGUCAAGAGGAUGUGCAACAGCUACGAAGAGCUGGAGCUUGUGGUGACUUCCCAAGGUAUCUCUGACAGUAGAAAGAUUGCAUGUUUGAUUGGAAUAGAAGGUGGCCACUCCAUUGACAGCAGCCUGGCAGCACUGAGGAUGUACUAUGACUUGGGGGUUCGUUACAUGACUCUAACACACACCUGCAACACUCCCUGGUCUGAAUCAUCAUCUAAAGGAGUACACAACUUUUAUCCUAGUGUUAUUGGUCUGACUGCAUUUGGCCAAGAAGUGGUAAAGGAGAUGAAUCGCCUGGGUAUGCUGAUAGAUUUAUCUCACACCUCAUACUCCACUGUAAAGGCUGCACUCAACAUCUCAAAAGCACCAGUAAUUUUCAGCCACUCUGCAGCAUUUUCUGUUUGUAACCACUCAAGAAAUGUUCCUGAUGAUAUCCUCCAGGAACUGAAAAAGAACAAGGGAAUUAUCAUGGUGUCUUUCAAUGCAGAUGUACUGGCCUGUGGCAGAAAAGUUGUUAAUAUUUCUACCCUUGCAGAUCAUUUUGACCAUAUAAAGGAAGUUGCAGGCUCAGAAUCAAUAGGAAUUGGUGGUGACUAUGAUGGAGUGGAACGCUUUCCCGAAGGAUUGGAAGAUGUCUCCAAAUACCCUUCUCUGAUAGAGGAACUUCUUAGAAGAGGAUGGAAUGAAACUGAACUGAAAGGAGUCUUGAGGGAGAACUUUCUCCGUGUCUUCAGGGAAGUAGAAAAUGUGCGGAAGACUUUUGCAGUAAUGGGCGUAGGUGAAAGUGAAAUUCUGCAAGAAACAAAACAUUCCUGUCGCCUAGACCUACAUAAGCCUCAGCCUCAGCCAUCCAGGUCCUUUGGAUUUCCUUCUGUGGCACAGCCUUUCAUCCUGACACUUGUAUCAUGUUCAAUGCUGUAUUAUGUAUCAUAAGAUUAUGGAGUCUAGAGAGAUUUUUUGAAUACUCUGCAAUGCAGCUACUUAUCUUUCUGUAAUUUGUUAGCAGAAGACUAUAAUAAAUUUUAAACAUGAUUUC